AUGUCGGCUGUUGUCUACCGACUUCAGUGCAGCUGCGGAAUGUGUAACUACGUUGGGGAAACCGGCCGACGGCUGCAAACGCGCAUGCAAGAGCAUAAGUUGGCCGUGCGAAGGCUGGACCCAAAGUCGGAGGUAGCAACCCAUGCCGCCCAAAUGGGACACGUCUUCAACUUUGACGCCGUUGAAAUUGUGGGCCGAGGUGAUGAUCAUACGGCAAGGCAGGUGCAAGAAGCCUGGAUGUCUACAGACUGUUCUGUCAACCGCCACAUCAAUUUACCUCCCCCUUAUCUGGUUUUACGGACAUUCUUCACGGGGGACAGUCACGGCGCAGGACAAUCGGGGCCGCCAAUUAUCACCGCGGCCGACGAAGUUGGGCGGGAUUCAGGUCACGGUGACAUGCGGGUCGGAUGCAGCCACGCAGGCGGCAUUGAUGGGCCAGGCAUUGGACAAAGUGCGCCAUAAAAGGAAGGCUGUGUGCACUACUGCUCAGUCUCUGAAGAUGGGUAGAAGAAACGACUACCCGAAACGUCAGACCUCAAAUACACCUCUCCCGGUGAACGCCUCCUCCUCUUUUGAUAUGCCACCCGGGAAUCGCAUUUUCACCACUAUUGUUGUGAAAACUUGAAGCGCUCACCCCAUCAUUAUUGUCUUCGUCAUUCCGCUAUUUUCCGUAAAGCUUCACUCAUUGUUAUGCGACCAACAGUGACGGUACAGUCUGGGCGGACUGUCAUGUCAGCAACAGCCGUUUCUAUUUGACUGUUCGUUAUUUCUGUUCUAUGUCCAGAAUAUAUGUGUGUGUACGUCGGAUGUUUCAAAUUUUACCACUGAAUAUUCCCUUAACAUAAUGUGUUCAGUUCCAUCGUUCGAUGUUUUUGUUAAAUAAGACUUUCGUUUGUCGUUAACUGUUGCUUUGCGGACAACGGUAUGGAAAAGGACCGCGCUUAACAGACGUCAGUCUGUGGAGCACGUCAUAUGGGCUUUUAUCUUAGCAUCCAUUCACAGGCCUUUGCAGACACUCCACUGCCAAUAACGACCACUUGCCAUGACUUCAAACCAUCACUCGAACUCCCUUGUUUUUUGAAGUUUACUUUUUGUUUGUUUUUAAUUACUGCGCUCAUUUCCCUUGUCGUACGAAAGCGUACGAUGAGUGCUUCGGGAAAAAUCCAAACGACUUCUGUGUUUUCCCACACUUUGUCAGCUUACCGUCUAAUGUGCUGGCCCACCCGUAAAACUCCCCUUAUCACCAAUCAUUUGUGACACGACCCACAGUCUACCGACAGUAAAGGGGGUCCUUCUCCAUACGGUUGCCGUUUUGCGUUUUCCAUUGGUUGGGAAGUUGUAAUAAAAGCAAAAGGCCGACAUGCUGCCGUACACCAGCUGGCUCUGCGUCGUGUUUCCUACCAGUUAUCCCAUCCAUCUGUAGAUACAAUGGUUUCAGGUGAUGUGAUUAUGAAUUUUUUGUCUUAAGUAGUAUGUUCUGGGGAGUUUACGGCUUGGUAACGAAGCAAACAUUUUAACCGUCAACGGACUAUCUGUGGUUACCGUUUGCUCCCCUAAUUCGGUCCCCUUCAGGUAGUCGCUGUUGCUAGAUCUUAAUUGGACUCUUUAAACGUCUUUCACGCGAUCUGCGUUUUGGAAGUCCUUGUGAAUGCAUCACAUGAUGGAUGUUUCAGCUUGACAUGACUAGUGCCGCAUUCGAAAGUGAUUUUAAGCUCAGAAGAGUGGUAGAUUCGCAUUUAUGUCUUCUUUCUGAGUUACAGCUUGUAUUUUCCUGAUAUUGAAACUUGGUUUCGUGGCAGACACAUGAAGUGCGUAAAUGCGCAAAACACAAGUACUCUACGAAUACCGUGUAUUUAGCGGUCUUAUAAAUUCUCAUCACUACAAACUUUUCUAAGCCAAAGGAUACCGUUUUUCGGGUAUAAAAUCCAAGAAAGACGUGGUCUGCUGCCAAAUGAGUACAAGAAAGCAUGUUUUUGAUCGUUUUCCCUAAAACAUAUUUGAGCUUUUAUGGUCGUAUAAAAUCAAUGCAAAACGUCCUUGCUAGUUAGGUAAUAACUUUUUUUAUCGAAUAUGGUAUAUGCAGGUUCUCGGAAACAUGCAUUUUAAAGCCGAAGUCGUGGCAUGACUGAAACAACUGGGAGUUACGCCACAUAGUAGUCAGUGUCACAAACUUAAAUAAUCCUUUUAAAUCGCGAACACCUUUUGGUAUUUGGUCGUAGUAUCUGUGGAUUCGGUCGAUGACUGUAUUCCAGGUUUGAGGAUAUAUAUCCGUAAACUGCUGAAAUUCCAUCCAUGCGCUUUAAAUUAGUAUCUGCACUUAUUAUUUUGAACUGUGUCCUCCGACCGAAACAUUAUGUCAUAUUUAUUUUUACAAGGAUCUGAUGGGCAUUCUCGUUUCUGAUGUGAGUCACUUGAAGUUCUAAUAGAGCCCUUAGCGGAAGCAUGCUAAUUGCAUUUCGAGCAAAUGGUUUUGGUGACAGUCGGUUUCCCAACCAACUGUAUCUUAACGUAUAGACUAAGAAAACCUAUUAAAUGUCAUAUGAAGAAAUAAUGGAGUUCAUUUUGAAACCCAGACGUUACUAUCGAUUACGCCCACUUCUCGGAAUGCUGUUGCUUAAGGUGACCUCUUGUUUGGGGAGUCGUUGUUUACUUCAUAUUGAUAUCAAAGGACGAUCAAAAAUCUACAAAAUGCUUUCAAAACGUCAGGAGAACCACAACUCCUCCAGUUUGAAGAAAUGCAAGAAAUUCCCGAAAUUUCCUUGAUGCAAAAAGCUUUCUCGACUUCGUCGUCGUGGUCGUACAGUCUGGAACGUUUAUCAGACGGAAAGAACUUAUAUCCGAACCUCGAUCUCUGAAAUCUGAUUUCGGUCACAAAGGGUCUUCCCUGUUCGCAUUAACAUAAAAAGCAUAGGCAGACUGUGUGAACAAUAGGAAAAGGGUUGAUUAAGGGAGAGGAAAACUCGGAGGAGGAGGAGGAGGAAGAGGAGGAGGAGGAGGAGGAAGAGGAGGAGGAGGAGGAGGAGGAGGAGUGUUAA